AUGGACCGUCGUUGGAUGUAUAGUGGUUCUCGAACCACACCUGAAUACUUAGCCGGGGUCAAAGAGUUCUGUAGAAUCGCAGUGCAACACCAAUGGAGUACACUCGUUGAACAAAGGCUAACCAAAGCAAGACCUAUUUUCUGCCCUUGUCGUGAUUGUAACAAUGUGAAGAGGUGGGAAGACAUUAAGAAAAUAGAGGACCAUUUGAUUAUUCGUGGGUUUAUGCCAGACUACAGUAUUUGGUAUUGGCAUGGUGAAAAAUUUCCUCCCGCGGAUAAUUCUUCUAUUAACGACAAUGAAGCUGAUGAGAGAGAGCCGAAUGGUUUUGAUGAUAAUGAAGUGGGUUUUAAUGAUGAUGUUGAGGAAGACAGGAUAAAAGAGAUGAUAGACGGGUUAGGCGAUCAUGUUGAUGAAGAUUCUCAUAUAUAUGAGAAUGUGUCGAAAGCAGUUGAGACACCGUUGUAUCCUGGUUGUUCUAAGUAUUCCAAACUUUCUGGGAUUUUAACUUUAUAUAACUUGAAAGCAAAGAGCGGGUGGACCAACACUAGUUUCACUUUGUUGUUGGAAACCCUCUCUGAUAUGUUUCCAGAAGGAAAUGACAUUCCUAAGUCGACUUACUAUGCGAAGAAGUUGAUGUGUCCAUUGGGUUUAGAGUACACCAAGAUCCAUGCAUGUCCUAAUGAUUGUGUGCUAUACCGAAAGGAGAAUGCAAAAUUGGAUGCUUGCCCAAAGUGUGGUGUGUCACGAUACAAGCGAGAGGGCUUAAAUAAGGAUCCCUUGAAGUGGCCACCAGCUAAGGUAGUAUGGUAUCUUCCUAUAAUACCAAGGUUGAAGCGCCUAUUCUCAAUUAAGGAUGAAGCAAGAAGUUGGUUUGGCAUGAAAAUGAGAGGAAGAAGGAUGGGUUGA